UUGAGUCCUGUUCUUGUUUUCUCGCUGUAAUGAUGGCGGCACUGGGAAAAGCGGGAAACUCUACGGUACGUUGCGAAUUCUGAAUAACAAAAAUACAGAAAGUAAGUUACAGUUUACGAGAAACAACGAGUUGACGGCUCGUUAUCGCAACGAUUUGUGCGUAAGCAGAAUGAACUUGUGAUCCGACGUUUCAAGAGGCGGCUUCAACGAUGGAACCUCCGCAAGAAUUUCCAUUCCCUUUCCCACCGUAUGAGAUUCAGAAGCAGUUCAUGAAAGAGCUCUACAAUUGUUUGGAAAGUGGAGGAUUAGGUCUCUUCGAAAGUCCGACUGGCACCGGGAAGUCCUUAUCUCUCAUCUGCGGUGCCCUGAAAUGGCUGGUCGAUCAUGAGAAGUCCGAGAAGCGGGAAUUAACUUCCGCAAUUGCGGUGAUUGACGGUAAAAUCAAGAAUUGCGAGAGACCAACUGACGAUUGGUUCUCAGCACAGACAGAGCUGAUACAGCUGAAUGCUGAGAAGCAGACGUUCCAAGCUAAAUUAAACGGAAUCCUCGAGUUUGAGGGUGAGAAAGAAAAGUUCAAGAGAAUGAUUGAAUCUAAAGCUGCGAAGACUAAAACAGCGCAGAGAGUGAGACAGCAAUUCGGAAGUUUGCAGAAGAAACCAGCGGACCAAGGUAAAGCUGAAGAAGUAGGCUCGGAUGUUAGCGAUACAGAGAAGGAUCUUAUCCUGGAAGAUCCAUUGUCAGAUUCUGAGGGAAGCUCCGAGGAAGAGGAUAAGGAGGAACCGUUAUUUAAGAAUACCAAGAUCUUUUUUUGUUCCAGAACGCACUCGCAACUGACACAAUUUGUGCACGAGUUGCAGAGAUCUCCCUAUUCUGAAGAUAUUUCUGUGGUACCAUUGUCAUCAAGGCAGAACUACUGCAUCAACAAAAGCGUCAGGAAAUUGAAGCAUAUAAAUCUGAUCAAUGAGACCUGCCUUCAGUUGCAAAGGAGGAAGACUACCGUUAAAAAGGAGAAAGAUCUGAAGAGAUCAAAAACUACGAAUGGCUGUCCCUUCGUACCAGGUGAUCAGAAAUUGCUGAUGGCUGGAGUGCUGACAACCGUUCAAGAUGUCGAGGAAAUUGUGCGUAAAGGCCAAGAGUCAAAUACUUGCCCGUAUUAUGGCUCGAGGAAGUCCGUAAAGAAUGGACAAUUGAUAUUGGUCCCAUACAACUCCAUUCUACACAAGAACACCAGGGUCAGUUUAGGGAUAGACUUGAAAGAAAAUAUAUUGAUCAUAGAUGAGGCCCACAAUUUACUGGACGCCAUCGAAGGAAUGCACAGUUCUGUCAUCACAGGGAGAAAUUUACUCCAUUGCUACAGUCAGCUGUCCCAAUAUCAGAAAAAGUUCGAUUCUCUGUUCUCGGCUAAGAGUGUGCUGUACUUAAAUCAGCUGAGCUUCUGUCUGAAGAAGUUUCUCAUUCUCUUCGGAGCGACAACGAAGUCUCAUCCUAACGACGAGGUCGACAAGUCGAUAGUACCCAAAUUAUACAAAAUAGAAGAGUUCGAGCUAUUCACGGAGAUUGAUACGGUCAAUAUAUUCAAGCUGCUGGAAUUCGUCAAGGCUUCGAAACUCGUACAUAAACUGCAAGGGUUUGUCGAGCAAUACGGUAACAAUGUGAAAAUCGGUGAACAGAAGACAACGAAGUCUGGAAUAACGGAAUUUCUGAAUUCGAUCAAAAAUAAGGAUACACCGUCUCAAGAAGCUGGCAGUAUCGCGGGUACGACAAACACCGGUGAAGAAGUAACGAGCAGUCCCUUGAUGGCGAUUCUAAGCUUCUUGGAAUCCCUGAAGAGCAGCUGCUUGGACGGCAGAAUAUACGUUUUACCUGGUGCGACUAUUGGACAAGGGAUUGUAAAAUUUUUACUGCUAAAUCCUGCGGCGCAUUUUCAUGAUAUUGUGAAAGACGCCAGGUCGGUGGUACUAGCCGGUGGCACAAUGGAGCCGAUGUCUGAGUUCAUAGAUCAGCUAUUCCUGAUGGCAGGUGCCACGACGGAUAGAAUAACGACGUUUUCCUGCGAUCACGUGAUUCCCAAAGAGAAUAUUAUAUCCAACGUCGUGAUGCGCGGCCCCACUGGGGUCGAACUCGAAUUCAGCUUUCAUAAUCGUCAAGAUACAAAAUUGCUGGAUGAAUUGGGCAGAACUCUGUUAAAUUUAUGCAACAUCGUGCCAGCCGGAGUCGUGGUGUUCUUUCCGUCUUACAAGUUUGAGGAUGCGGUGUUUAAGCAUUUGGAUAAAUCCGGCGUCCUGUCGAAAAUUUCUGUGAAGAAGUGUAUCUAUCGUGAACCGAAGUUAGCAUCGCAGGUGAGUGUAAUAUUGGAUCAAUACGCACACUCCAUCAAGAAUCCGCAAUCUCCGCGCAACGGAUCAUUGUUGUUCAGUGUAGUUGGCGGCAAAUUGAGCGAAGGUUUAAAUUUCUCCGACGAAUUGGGUCGAUGUGUCAUAGUCGUCGGCUUGCCGUAUCCCAACAUUAAGUCACUAGAAUUGCAAGAAAAGAUGAAAUACUUAAACGAGAACGUGAAACCAGACGCUGGGAGUAGGUUUUACGAGAAUUCUUGUAUGAAAGCAGUGAAUCAGUGCAUCGGCCGGUCUGUACGUCACAUAAAUGACUAUUCGACGGUCGUACUGUUGGACAAACGUUACUGCCAUAAAAUCAAAGUGCUACCGCGGUGGAUUCAACGUUCCGUGAUGAUCAACGAGUCAUUUGGAUCUGUAAUCAGUAGCAUGGCGAGGUUUUUUGCAGCGAAGAAACCUAAGUAAUACAAUAUAUACAUAUAUGCCUCGUAUUAUUCCCUACAUCUCUCUCUCUCUCUCUCUCUGAUGCGGAUCUGAUGUUUUUUGAACAA